GAUACUAUUUUGGCUACCUCCACCUAUCGUCAACUCUCCACUAUCCUAAACGGUCACCUCGAAUCUCGUAAAGUUUACUUAUACUUCUCUUGUUGGUAUUGAUUUCUCUGUUACUUGGCUGAAAACAGUCGGUCACUGCAUGUGUGUUGUUUGUGACAGGGAAUUCUGAUUCUCAGCCCUAUGUUUUUCUGAUCAAUGGGAAGCUUUUUCCUACAGACGUCGGCCUCGACAGAUUCCUUUUGCAUAAGGGCAUUUACGUUGUAAGUUUCAAAAUCUCUCUCCCUGAUUCUCAUUCACUGCUUUUCUUUUUGUUGCUCAGUUGAAAUCGGCUGUAUAUAACAGGACAAGACGUUGGAUAUUGAAUAUACUCUUCCUGUCAAAGAGGAGGUGAGGCCUUUAGUGCAUGGCGGACCCGUCAGUGUAGUAGAUUGUUCUUGUCCUGGGUAAUAAUCCACCGCGCUUUUGAUUCUUCAAUAGUCUGUAGUCAUCUUUGGAUUAGAGGAUCAAUUAAGCAGUCCCUCUGCUACAAUGUUACUCACAAGUUGAUUGGGCUGGCUGUUAACGGCUUUCCUUCUUGCUUGGUUGCAGGUUCAUCUUCACUGGAUGCUAGGACGGCAAGGUUAGGUACAGAAGCAGCUUUUUUUCUUUUCCCAUCUAAUCAGACACUUCUUUCUUUUAGCUGCUAGUUAAGAAAACUGACUCGUGCAAACUUUUUCUUUCUAUCCUUCAGGCUGUGGAAAGAUGAUGGUUCACCUACUCAUAUACUUGAAGUUGAAGGGCACACUGGUGGAAUUGGUUCUCUUAGUAUCAUUAACCCACUAGGUAUAUACUCAUGCAUCUGCUUUAUUUUACUUCGGAAAACUGGUAGAUAAGAUCCGAUUUGUUUGGUCUAGGAGGUUUAUUUUACUUCAAUUGUUACCAGUUGCCAGAUUGUGGACUUCGAAUUGGACAGAAGACUUCUGCACUGGUUUAUCAGGACUUGUAUCGUGGGGUGUUAUUCUUUUAAUCAUAUAGCAAUUACUAUAGAGCCAUUCGCUAAACAACAAUAGGUUUAGAGUGUUCCACUCUGUAUUCACAAAGGAAAAAUGAGUACUUCAGUAAUCAGCUUCUUCCGUUUGCUUCUUAUAAUGUAAUUUCUGUAAUUAUAAGUUAGUUGAAAGCAAGUGCUUGCACUUAUGCUUUAUAUUUUUGGUUCUUAUGGACGCCGGCAGAUAAUUCAUUGUUGUAAUUUGCUUGUGUAGGUAAUGAUCCAACUCUGGUUACUUGCUCAGCCGAUCAAACUGUCAGACUGUGGAAGGUAACUGUAUUAACUUCUUCUCCUAUUUGUAAAGCUUUCUGCAUUCAGUGACCCAAUCCUGGUGGAUGAAUUAUUGAUUCAUUUUCCCUUCCCAAAAGAUGGAUCCAAAAGAACUUGAGAAAUCUCAUGCUGAGAUUAGGCCAUUGAAGAUUUUGUGUAGUCCUGCUGCUGCAGGAGUACGAUGUGUGGCAGCAAAUCCAUCAGGAAGUGGGUUCUGUUCAGGUUCUUUCGAGAAAACAGUCAGGGUGUGGCAGACUGAUGGAGCUGCCUCGGAAGUUUACUCAGGGUCAAUUAAGAAGAUGCAAACUGAAUCUGGAGCUAAAGACUCUCAGUUGGAGGAUAAUUGUGUCUGCACACUAGACGGUCAUCAUGCGGCACCAGUAUCAUCAGUGGCUUGGCCAGUAGGCAAUACCAUUUAUUCUGCAUCUUGGGAUGGUAAUAUUAAAAAAUGGGAUGCUGAGAAAUGCAGUCAUGUGUCGACCAACGUCGGUGGAACACCCUUCACCUGCCUUAGUGUAGCUGGAUCGGGAUCGAACAUCUUGGCCGCAGGUGGAUUCGAUGGCAAACUUAGGAUAUAUGAUCCAAAUCAGCCAGCCAUUUCUCGCCCCGCGCUCAAGUUUUCUUCGCACAAUAAAGAGAUAUCAGCAUGCCAGUGGCACAAAGAUUCAUUCCACUUACUGUCUGCAUCCCUUGAUGGCACAGUCAUGAUGUGGGAUGUCAGAAAUGAGAUAUCGAUUUUUCUCAGCCAGUUUCAGUUUGGCAGUUUCAAUGCAUUCAAGUAGAACAAGCCAAUCGAAUUGAGUAUAUACUGUACUUUUGAUGUGCAGGGGUAUUCUGUUAUCGAGUCACACGAACACAGUAUGCUAUGUACUGAUUGGUUGGGAGGGUACCGUGUAGUCAGUGGUGGUGUUGACUCAAAGCUUCGGAUUUCUUCUAGUGUCACUCUGCCUCUAAAGGAAACCUAAGUAUGUAACAUGAAUGGGGAAAUAUUUGCGAUAACUGUUGGUUUGUGGUUGAACAUUUAUCAUAUGAAAUCAAGUGGAGCGCAGUUAACUCUACCAAAUGAAUGUUGUACUGUUGAGGGGAAACUUGAAAUCAACUCGUCGUGCUCAGCCUAUGCUGCGCACGAUACACGUUACAAACAUCAACAGAUCCAGCGAUAAAGCAUUGUCUUUGUG